AUUCUGAACGAGACAUCGACCAAUUCGAUAAUAUUGAAAACAAGUAUCGGAUCGGUGCUGUCUUUAUCUAGGAAACUACGUGGUCUGCGUUUGACAUCUGCGCAUUUCUCACUGCUCGGUGGAAAAAUCAAAACAAUCAAUAUGGCGGACCCGAACAACGAAGCUGUACCGUCAAGUAGCGUCUCGGACCAGGCCCCCCCGGCUACUCCGAUCCGCGACGAUCUUGAGAAAAUAGAAGAUUUUCUCGAGCCUGAUAAAAAACGUCGUAAAGUGUCACGGAACGAUGGGAAAACCGAACAGAAAUUGGAACACCGUUUGGGUGGCAUCCUCUGCUGCGCAGUUUGUCUCGAUUUACCCAAGGCAGCUGUUUAUCAGUGUACAAAUGGACACUUGAUGUGUGCUGGUUGCUUCACUCAUGUCCUCGCAGAUGCCAGGCUACGAGAUGAAAUGGCAACAUGCCCCAACUGCAGAAUCGAGAUUAGCAGGACAUCGCCAUCUCGAAAUUUGGCAGUUGAGAAAGCUGUUUCUGAAUUACCAGCAGAAUGUCAAUAUUGUGCGAAGGAGUUCCCACGAAACUCCUUGGAACGUCACGAAGAAACAAUGUGCGAAGAAAGAAUAUCUAGCUGCAAAUAUAGUAGAAUUGGUUGUCCAUGGCGUGGACCUAAUCACGAGCGGCCAGAACACGAAGCACAUUGCGUUCAUCCUCAUCGUUCAGGACUGGACGUUAUGGAAGCAUUACGCGAUAUCGAUGCCCGUACACUCGAAGAACGUAGGCUGUAUGACAAUGUCUUUGACCUUUUGUCCUACGAGAAAAUCACAUUCAACGAUUUACAGAUGAAGCCCUAUCGUACAGACGAGUUCGUUCAUAAACUGUUUUAUGAAACACCUCGUUUUACGGCAUUUAAUAAUCAUUGGGUUGUAAAGGCGAGAAUUAAUAACAGCCAACGCGAUCCUACCCAAAGUUCAGAGAGGGACAUGACUUACCAAUUGAUUUUAAAAACGAAAACAACGUAUCCAUUACCGCUACAUUAUUUCAUACUGAAAGGACCUUUUGGAGAUAUGAAAGUGCAACCAAGAAUUCAUAGAUUCGAAUUCACUGACCAAGAAAACGAGAGCCCUUAUUUACCCUUACCUUUACCUGAUACUGCAGAGUGCAAUAGACUUCUUGCUGCAAGAGCUAUUAGUUUCAGACUAAUAAUGUUCUUGGCAUCUAAGUAGUCGGACACGAUGAUCCUUGUUGUCAAGAUUUUAUGGCGAUCGAAUAAUUGACACAUCUUUUUAGAUUUAACAGUGAUAAAACAAUAGAUUACACAGAGGUUUAUAAUCAAUUAUUAGUAGCCUUUAAUCGUAAUAAUAAUAAUUCAACUAAAGAUGCUAAUUCUGCUGUAGUCUAUACGCGUAUUACAUUGAAAUGAUACACUGUGUUGAUACGGACUAGUAUAACACGAAAAGUGUAGCGUAUAUUACACACACACACACACACACACACAAAUACUUGAAAGAAAGAUCAAGUUUAGUUUUUUGUUAAAUUUCUUUCGGAAACAUUGCCAAAAAUUUGAGUUAAAAGCAAGCUUUGCGUAGAUUAUUGUCGAUUAGACACGUAUAUUAAAUUGCGAGCAUCGAUACAUCGCGCAGCUGUGACACGAUAGAAAAGGAAACCGAAUCUGACAUUUCGUUAAACAGUCUCGGAAAAAUCAAUUUAAUGUACGUGCCUGUCGCCAAAAGCCUAUUAAAAAGAUUCUUCUAUUUAUAUAAUAAAUUAAAUGUUAUCGAUGUAAAAUCCUGAAUUGAUAUUGUAAUAGAAGAAAUUUAAAUAAAUUUAUUAUAAUUA